AUGUUUUGCAAGGGAAAUCCGCUUCAAGUCUGUGGCGGAUCUUCUCGCUUGACAAUGUACAAUAACUUAACCGCUAUAGUAUCAAGUUCGAGUCAGUCAUCCUCGGUCAUCUCGACCACAUCCUCAACUGCCUCUAGCGUAUCAAUAUCAUCAUCAUCGUCAAUUACUCCGGAGCCACCAUCUCAGACGACAUCGUCAAUUGUAUUCUCGUCAAGUUCGACCACCACAACAAUUUCUCAAUCUGUGUCAUCAACCUCAUCUUCAAUUACUCCUGAGCCGCCGUCUCAGACCACCUCGUCAAUUGUAUCCUCAUCAGCCUCAAUAUCAUCAAGUCUUUCUAGUACAUCUUCAUCGACCCCAUUAUCAUCUAGUUCGACGCCUCUGACUUCACCAACAACCACAUCACCUCCAUCCUCCAUCAGCACACCAUCCACCCUCUCAACCUUAACCAGCUCCCCAACCGUUUCCGCAAUCCGCGGUUUCGCCUCUCUAGGUUGCUAUAACGAUCCCGCCACAGGUCCCUUCCAAGGACAUAACAUGCCCAAACUCUUCAGCAACGACAGCAUGACCCCCGACCUUUGUAUCUCAUCCGCGCUCGCCCGCCGAUCCGCUAGCCCAGCUACCACAUUCCUUUAUGCCGGUGUCGAGUACGGGCGAGAAUGCUAUGCGGCCACGAGAGCGCCCACACCGCAACCUGCUUCGCUUGUUGGACCCAAGGCGUGUACGAUACCGUGUAAGGGCGAUCCAAGCGUGUCUUGUGGCGCUGGCAAGAUGUAUAAUUUGUAUGUGGCGACGAGUGUUACUGUGACAGGGACGGUGACGAAUCAGUGGAGUUCUGCGGGGCCGGUGUCGACUGCGUCGUGA